GAAUCCCAGGAGCGGAAGGGGCGGAGUCCAGGCUGUGGCGCGUCUUCGCUCUUUGACAGUUUCGCGGUGGCGCUUUGCGGAAAGAUGCCGCCGCUUCAGAAAGAAGGGGGACGGAGGCGGCUCUGCUCCGGGCCGGUGCUGUGGCUGCUCCCGCUCUUCCUGGCGGGGCUUCCGGACCCGGUGGAGGGCGGGCAGGUCUCCAAAUGGCGGCUGCCGGUUCCCAUGGGAAAGAAAUAUUUUAACUUUGGAAAGAUUCUCUUCAGGAACACUACAAUUUUCCUAAAGUUUGAGGGCAAUGAGUCUGCCUGUGAUCCUUCUCAAGGUUACAAUGUCACCUGGUACUUGAGAUAUUCUGAUUGCUAUAAUGAGGUCUUCAACUUUGGGGAUGAACAGGCAGAUGCUUACUUUGGGAAUCCUGUAGAAGACCGCUUGGGUUGGUCAGGAUUCUACGCAAUGUCUUCACGUUACUUCCCCAACUGCAGUGAGCUGUUCAGACCACAGAAUUUCUACAAUGAAUUUGUUCAUCCAGAGCCACUUUCCGGUGGAAAACAAGAGGUCUCAAGAGAACGAAGAGAGAAUGGAACAAGCAAUGCUACUAUAACAGAAACUCCUCCUAUGAAUGCUGUCAUGAGAACCUGGCAAGAUGGACCAUAUAUCUUCAUUGUGCAGAUUGGCUUUUCACCCUCAAAGGAGACUAGUGUGGAAGCUAAAAGAAUAGCAAGUGGACAACUAAAAAAUGUGGCGUCCCCUGAUCCCCAGAGGACACUUUUUACUAUGACUGUGGAAGUGAAGGGUCCGUAUGAAUAUCUUUCUCUAGCAGAUUAUCCACUCAUGAUUUUUUUCAUGGUGAUGUGUAUUGUAUAUGUAUUGUUUGGAGUUCUGUGGCUGGCAUGGUCAGCCUGCUACUGGCGGGACCUCCUGAGGAUCCAGUUUUGGAUUGGUGCUGUGAUCUUACUGGGAAUGCUAGAGAAAGCUGUUUUCUAUGCAGAAUUUCAGAAUAUUCGCUAUACAGGAGAAUCUGUCCAGGGAGCACUGAUAUUGGCUGAGCUGCUUUCAGCACUGAAGCGGUCACUUGCUCGAACUCUUGUUAUUAUAGUGAGCCUGGGAUACGGUAUAGUCAAACCUCGUCUUGGAAUCACUCUUCACAAAGUAGUUGUUGCUGGAGCCCUCUAUUUAUUAUUUUCUGGCAUGGAAGGUGUCCUCAGAGUCACUGGGUCUUUCCGUGGUGUUACAGCUUUGAUAGCUAACAUUGCGCUAUCUGUCAUUGACUCCUGUAUUAUUUACUGGAUAUUUAUCAGUUUGACUCAGACAAUGAAGUUGUUAAAACUUAGGAGGAACGUUGUGAAGCUUUCUCUCUACCGACACUUUACAAGCACUCUCGUCUUGGCAAUAGCAGCAUCUGUUAUUUUUAUCAUCUGGACAACUUUCAGGCUGGUAGACUGUCAGUCAGAUUGGCAGGAGGUGUGGGUAGAUGAUGCCGUCUGGCGGCUCUUGUUUUCAAUGAUACUUUUUGCCAUCAUGGUUCUUUGGAGGCCCUCGGCCAACAACCAGAGAUUUGCCUUUUCGCCAUUGUCUGAAGAAGAGGAGGACGAUGAACAAAAGGAACCAAUGCUGAAAGAAAGCUUUGAAGGGAUGAAAAUGAGAAGUUCCAAACAAGAAUCAAAUGGAAAUCCAAAAACCAACAAAUCACAGGAAGAUGAUUUGAAAUGGGUAGAAGAGAAUGUCCCUUCUUCAGUAACUGACGUUUCUCUUCCAGCACUUCUGGAUUCAGAUGAGGAGAGAAUGAUCACACAUUUUGAAAGAUCCAAAAUGGAAUGAAAAAAACAACAAAAAAACGGGUUUGUAAGAGAAGAUUUCCUGCUGUUGGAGAAAGAAACUUCUGUCUCCCAUGGAAUGUCCCAUGAUCUGAUAUGUUCCAUGAUCUUUGGAACUCUACAUUGUUCUCAGAAGAAGAACACUUUACUUGGGUCGCUGUGAAUGGAAUGUGACACAUGUUGAUUUGCAUCAUUGCUGCAAAAAUAGCUUCUAAAGCAAUUGAAAUGUUUUUUUAUGGCAGCAUGUUAUUUUUAAAAUAUUAAAUGAAACUAAAGCAUUUUACUACUGCCUUGAAGACCUGUGAAUCUAAUAUCACAGCCAAAUCCUAUAUAUUUUAACUGCACUGGGCAGAGGGAAAAUAAAUAACAAGUGAAAGGUUAUGAAUAAUUUCCCCCAAACCAGUAAGUGUGAUCCGUGCACAAAGGUGAAUGUCACCUUUUAGCUAGUCUCCAGGAAUCCAUGUGCUUCACGUCAAGACUCACAACAUUUGAGGUGGUGCAAAGAAGACUUAAUACUAGUGUUCUCCACUUCCUAGUGUGAUUGGAGCUUUGUAAAUGAGUUUUGCACACAAUAGAAUAUCUAUGGCUUGCAGGUAUAUCCAAGAAUCUGUGGACUGGGGUCAGUGCCUUUCAUUUUUUUUCACAGAUGCAGCAGCUACUGAAGGAAGAUUAUGAUAUAAUCUGGCUGGGGCGGGGGGAGUGCUUUAGAAGAUGAGCUCUUGCUUAUGGAACUGAACCAAAUCAUGACUUCAUAAUGCUUUUAACAAAAUCAAAUGCAUUCCAGAAAAAAUGUCUAUUUUUUCAUACUUUGAACCAAUGAUUGUUUAACCUUUAGUGUUUACACAUCUCAUUGCUGGCAAUGGGAUGUGAGUACGGUCAGUUCAUUAAAAUUAGUGCAGUGAGGCUUUCAUAAGAUGAUUCUACUACCCAUCAGUUGUAUUUGACUAGUUGUGUUCAUCCUGUGCUUUCUUUUGGAAGCAUUGAGAUUUGCUCUCUGAAUCAGGUCUGUACAAACUGUGACCCUCCAAACCAAGUUGGGCAGCUAGUCAUAUAUUAUGGCUAGCCAAAUACUUGUCAACACCCCUGUAUUUUUCAUUAUAGGUGGGCUGCCAAAUCUGGAAGGCUAUGAAGCCCCAGGUGGGUUGGAUUUGGCCACAAGUUGUGCUCGUCAUUUGUUGUGUAUGCAGACUAUGGAAAGUUACCUGGAAUAAGAAAUAAUAUAAUGAUAUGAUUAAGCCAGUUGAUGUCAAACUCAUUUUCACUGAGGGCUGCAUCAGCCUUCAAAGGGCCGAUUGUAAUUGUAAGACUAUAUAAAUGUAACUAUGUUGCCCUGGCAUUGAAAACCUCAUGGGCCACAUAAAAUGAUAUGGCAGGCCGGAUUCAGCCUGCAGGCCUUGAGUUUGACAUGUGUGGCUUAAGCCAUCUGUUGAAAAGUGAAGGAAUGCAGUGUUCUGGAUUCUAGAACAUCUGCUUUCCACCACUUGUUUAUGGAUAGCUUCAACAGACUUUUACACUUUGGCAUGCUAUUAUAGUAUGUUCAUUCUAAAAGUAACUCUCCUAAAGGUAUGUGUGUUCUACAUAUAAAUUCAUUUCUUCAAACAAAGUGUAUCCUUGCUCUCUGAGCAGGGCUGGUUCCAGCACCUGUAGCUUUAAGUAGGUGUUGAGUUUCUAUUGCCCUCACAGGGAUCACGGGCACCUGAUCUGUAUCUAUGAGCGACCCUUUUAACAUGUCCUGCUAUGGUCCCAAUGUAACACUGCAGCAGGGCAGUGGGGAAUUUAAAAUAACAGAUCAUGUUAUUUUAUCUGUCUGCAGGCAUACUUCCAAAUACUUUGAAAAUGAAUGGCAAGAUAAGGAAAGGUUUUUUUAAAAAAAAUUCUAGUGCCACGUUUGGGCUAUAGGAAUGAAUUUGACACAUUUAUUCCUUCAGUGAUCCUGGAAUUGGGUUUUGUCAAGAAAAUCUGAAGUCUGCUGCUCUCAAUUUUGUGUCUCAAUUUUGUUUCAGCUGUAUUUAAUAUGGUAAUGGGUUUUCCUGUAACAAAUUACUUGAUUACUUGAUUCAAUUUGAGUUGCAAAUUUUUGUUCUGUAUCAUAAUAAAAUCUUUGGCUGUGAA